AUGGCCUCAAACGCAGCUGGAGUCGACUCAAAGACACAGUUGCUCAAGUCGCUAAAGAAUGAGAUUGUCGAUAUAAAGUUGGUGCAACAGAACCAGCGCGAACAGUUUGGAACGGUGGAUCAACAGCUGAGGACUGUCGACCAGAUGCUCAAGAAUCACUCCAGUCUCAUCAAUGAGGAGAAGGCCACACGCGGCAAGAUCACCCAGUGGAUCAAGGACAAUCUCGGCCCAGACAUGUCCGUGCUCAACGAGCAGAUUGAGCAGCGCCAUGUCGCCGGACUCGAGGACAAGCUCAAGACUCUAUACCAGCGUCUGAGCGCCGCCAUCUCCUCGGUGCAGGACCAGGUGCGUGCCAACCAGGCCGCCUCGUCCGAAGCCGUCACAUCGCUUCUCGAGCAGAUGCGCUCCAAUCACUCGUCGUUGAACGAACAGAUGCGCACACAUCAGUCCACCGCAAACGAAGCCGCUGGAUCGCUGCUGGAGCAGGUCAGAUCCAACCAGUCGACGCUAAACGAGCAGCUGCGAACCAAUCAGGCAUCGCUCAACGAGCAGCUGAGAAGCAGCCAGGCCGCCGCAUCAGACUCGGCGCGCACCGCACAGGCAGCCAUGUCCACACGUCUCAACGACAUUGCCAACGAUCUGCAGGAUCGCAUCACAAACCUCGACGCUCACAUGAAGGCCGGCGAGAACACACUGGACAAGAAGAUCUCGGCCACAGUCGCCACUUGCGAGCUGAAGGCCCGCACCGCUGAGGCCGCGCUCGAGCAGCGCAUCACCAGCAGCGUGUCAGCACUCGAGUCCCAGAUCGGUGUAACUGAGAACAACCUCGACAAGAAGCUGAGCAGCGUCUCCAACUCAUUCGACAAUCGUCUCAACACCUCGAUCACUACGCUCGACUCAAAGAUCACCACUUCGGCCACAGUUGUCGGCGCACGUCUCGAUGGCGUCGUCUCCAACCUGCUGCAGCGCCUCGAGACCUACAGCAAGGAGCUGCGCACAGAGGUCUCAUCAGCCUCAGAGAAGGAAUCGGCCCGCGUCAACCGUCUCAUGGACAAGAUCACCGCGGACGUGGCACUCACACGCAACACAAUCAAUGAAGACUUGGGCAAGUUCCGCGAGGCCAUCGAGGUGGUGGCCAAGCGUGAGCGCGAGUCCAUGCAGGACUACGUCGCAACCUAUCUCUCGGACCAGUGGCGCGGCACUCUGCUGCCCGCCGUCAACGGCCUGGCUUCAACAUAUGCCCGCAAUGAGGGCAAGCGCGUCCAAGAGGACAGCGCCAUGCUGAUCCAGUCCGAGAUCAACCAGCUACAGUUUGAGUGCGAGCAACGUCUCAAGAGCGAGGUGCAAAAGGUCAAGUACGAGAUCAACAGCAUCGUCAACCACAAGUCCGACCUGCUGCAGCAAGAGCAGCGCGACUUCCUCUCCCAGGAGCGUCUGUUGCGUGAGGAGGAUCGCAAGUACCUCGAGGCACUCAAGUCCUCCAUCUUCCUCCAACUCAAAGAGGCCCGCGUUGAGCGCGAGCAGCUCGCCAACCAGAUGAACCUCUUCCUCAAGGACACCAAUGUUACUAAUGAGAGCACUAUGGAGAAGCAGGUGGACAGCUCAAACGCUGUGCUCAAGCACAACGAGGAGUUGCUGGCACAAUUGGAGGUCAGCCGCAAGAACAGGAUGAGAGAGAUUGAGGAGAAUGAGCAGAAGCUGAGAGAGCAGCGCGAUAGAAUGGAGCGUGAACAGUUGGACUUGGACUCACUUUCAAAGCACUCUCGCGAGAAUGAGGAGAAGCUCCAUCUCGAGCAACUCAAGCUCGAGAACCUGCAGAGGAAGCGCGAGUAUGACGAGAGAAACCGUCUGAGAGAGGAGGAGCGCAACAAGGAGAUGGCUGAGUUGCUGGCCAAGCAGAAGGAGGCCGAGCGUGAGCUUGAGGCCCAACGCGAGGAGAAGUCGCGUCUCAAGGCACAACGCGAGGCAGAGGACAGACAGAGAGAGACGGAAGAUCGUGAGCGCGAGCAACGCCGUCGCGAGGAUUACGAGAAGAAGCGUCGCGAUGAGGAUGAGGAGUGGAAGCGCCGUGAGGCCCACUUUGAGUCCGAGCUGGCCAAGGAGCGCGAGAAGCAACGUCAGAUCCAGGAGGAGCGCGAGAGAGAGAUGGCCAAGUUGUUGGAGCAGGAGAACCAGCGCCAGAAGGAUGCCCAAUCCCUCAUUGAGGUCGAGAAGACCAAGGCCAAGGAGUUGGAGCAGUCGCUGGCCGCAGAGAUCGCCCGCCAGGAGAAGGAGAGGAAGGAGAUCGAGGCACAGAAGGAGCGCGACAUUGCCUUCCACAAGCAACAGCUGGCUGAGAGGAUGACCCAAUUGGAGGCCGACGCCCAGGCCGAGAAGAAGAGACUGCUGGAUGCUGAGGCCGAGGCGGAAAAGCGUAGACAACAAGAGCACGAAGCCAACGAGAGAAAGAGACAGGCAGAGGCUGAUGCUCAAGCCGAAAAGAGAAGACAACAAGAUGCUGAGGCACAGGCUGAGAGAAAGAGACAGGCCGACGCCGACGCCCAGGCCGAGAGAAGGAGACAACAGGAGGCUGAGGAGGCUGACAGACAGAGACAGUUGGAUACCGAGGCACAGGCAGAGAGAAGGAGACAACAAGAUGCCGCUGAUGCUCAAGCUGAGAAGAAGAGACAGCAACAACAGGAGGCUGAUGCCAAGGCUGCUGAGAAGAGGAGACAGCAAGAGGCCGCUGAUGCCCAGCAACAGGAGGCUGAAGCCAGAGCCGAGAAGAGAAGACAACAAGAAGCCGCCGAUGCUCAAGCUGAGAAGAAGAGACAACAACAACAGGAGGCUGAUGCUCUGGCUGAGAAGAAGCGUCAACAACAACAGGAGGCCGAUGCCAAGGCAGAGAAGAGGAGACAGCAGGAGGCCGAGGCACAGGCUGAGAAGAAGCGUCAACAAGAAGCCGAUGCUCAAGCCCAAAAGAAGAAGCAACAAGAGGCUGAAGCUGCCGCCGCCGCUGAAAAGAAGAGACCAGUCAGAGGAGCCCUCCCAGUUGCUCCAAAGAAGGAAGUCGUCGUCGAGGAGGAGGAUGAAGAGGAGGAACCCCCCAAGGCUGCCACUUCAGUCUUUAGCAGGAAGAAUGCCUUUGUCGCCGAGGAGCCAUCACCCAAGAAGGAGGUAGUCGUCGAGGCCCCCGCAAAGAAGGAGGAGGACGCACCAUCAACAAAGAAGACUGCUGACAAGAAGAAGUUCUUUGAGGAUGCACCAUUAUCAUCGUCUUCCAAGAAGGAGGUCGUUGUCGAGGAUGAGCCACCAAAGAAGAAGGCCGCCGCUGCACCAGCUCCAAAGAAGGAGUCCACUGGUGAGAACCCAGACGUUGAGUGCGAUGUCUCUGCACCAGAGAUGCGCGACGCUUGGGAGGACAUCAGAGACGAUGACUCUUCCACCAACUGGAUGCUCCUUGGCUAUGGCAACAUGAAGAAGACUCUCUCACUCUACGGCUCUGGCUCAGGUGGUCUCAAGGAGAUGCUGUCCAACCUCAAGGAGGAGGUCAUGUACGGAUACCUCCGUGUCCCAUACGGUGACUCUGAUCGUGCCAAGUUUGUCUUUAUGACAUACGUCCCUGAGAUACUGUCUGGUAUUGCAAAGGCCAAGGCCAACAUGCACAAGCCACACGUUGACAAGUUCUUCAAGUACCAUCACACUCAACUGCAGGUCAUGUCCAGAGACGAGAUCUCUGACACCAUCAUUGAGAACAAGCUCAAGGCUGCCGCCGGUGCCAACUAUGGCAAGGGUACAUCACCAGACGACACCUCCAGAACCGAGAACUUCAAGGGCAUCAAGGAGAACGCCAAGAUCUUCUACAACAAGACCGAGAAGUCCUUGCCAAAGGGUGGCGGUGUCGAGAUCGUCUACAACAAGGGUCCAUUGGGUAACACCACACCUCUCAACCUGUCUGGCCGUGCCGGUAUCACUGAGAAGUACAUCAAGAAUGACCUGAAGAGUGGACACGUCGAUGACAGCAAAGACGAGUAUCGCAUUCCCUCAAGGAAUCGUGCUAGCUCCACCGCCUCCAAUGACUCCAACGAGGAGCCAGAGGAGCCAGUCGUCAAGCCAAAGGCCACCAGCAAGAAGUCUGCCGCCCCCAAGAAGGAGAAGGAGGAGGAGGUUGCCGAACACACUCCAGAGCCAGAGAAGCCCAAGGCCAAACCAUUGGCCAAACCUGUCCAGAAGGAAGAGGUUGCCGAGCCAGAGAAGCCCAAGCUGAAGCCCACCAUCAAGAACAAGCCAGAGGUUAAGUCUGAGAGCGAGAGCGAGGAGGAGACCACUGGUGGUGGCGCUCCCAACAAGAACAUGUUCAAGAAGAUGGCCAAGAACAACGAGGUGCCACAGUCACUCGGCUCAGAGAAGUGCACUGUUUGUGCCAAGACCGUCUACAACACUGAGAGACUGUCUGCUGACGAGAGAGUAUUCCACAAGGCCUGUUUCAGAUGUGCCUUCUGUAACUCCCAGCUCAAGUUGGGUUCAUACGCUUCGAUGGAGUCCAAGGCCUACUGCAAGCCAUGUUUCAAGAAGACCUUCAUGUCCAAGGGCAACUACAGCGAGGGCUUUGGCAAGCUGAAGCCACAGCAUCAGUUUGAGGCCAAACGCAAGUCACACGAGGAUGACGACGACCACGUCGCUGCCCCUGCCUCGGACAAGACCAAGGAGAUUGAGGCUCAACGUGAGAAGGAGAAGCUAAGACAACAACAGGAGCUGAAAGAGGAGAAGGACAGAAGAGAGAGGCUGAAGAACUCACAGCAGGAGACUCCCGCCCCAAAGAAGGCACCCGUCAAGGUUGAAGAGCCAAGCGAUGACGAGGAAGAGCAACAGAGGGAGCAGGAGGAGCAACAGAGAAAGGCUGCUGCCGCCGAGGAGAAGAAGAGAAAGGAAAGAGACGAGCGUGAGAGACGCGAGAAGGAGGACAAGGAGAAGAAGGAUAGACAAGAGAAGGAGGACAGAGAGAAGCGUGAGCGUGCUGUUGCCGCCGCCGAGAAGGAGAGAGAGGAGAAGAAGCGCCAGCAAGAGGAGAGAGAGAGACGUGAGAACGAGGAGAGAGCCGCCGCUGCCAAGGAAGUCGAAGUCAAGACCCCAGACAAAGCCAACAACAAGGGUUCUGAUGACAAAUUCCUUUCAGAGUACGAGAAGAAGAAGGAGGCCGCACUAAAGGGCAACUCACGUACAUCAUUGGCCUCGGCAUCCAGCCAGCCUUCCAGCUCCCAGAAGAAGGAGACGUCAUCUCUCUUCAACCUCACCGAGGAGGAGGAUGAUUUGUUCAAGUAA